GGUGGCAGGUAUGACGCAUCACUUAAGCUUCAAAGAGUAUCUAAUUUUCCACUUCCAACAGCGUUCUCUUUCUCUCUUUCUCUCUUCCCUUUCUCUCCCAAUUCACACUUCAAUUUCCUCUUCCUCCAAGAUUUGGACACGGUUUUGCAUGUAAAUCAGGAAAAAGAUGACUUCCACCCAUGACGUUACAGAUAAUGAAGCUGGUGAGAAAGAGCAGUCAGAAUCACAGAUGCAAUCUUUAUCUGCAAAUGGAAUUUCUGAUCCAGGUGCUGGUAUGCAGAAUAAUCAGUAUGUAACACCUGCACCACUUGGAACUGGGUAUGCUAUGGCGCCCCCUCCUUAUCCAUAUCCAGAUCCUUACUACAGAAGCGUGUUUGCUCCGAAUGAUACACAGCCAUAUCCCCCGCAGCCAUAUGGUGGACAUCCAAUGGCCCAUAUUCAGUUAAUGGGAAUUCAGCAAGCUGGUGUUCCUUUGCCGACUAAUGCAAUUGAGGAGCCUGUGUUUGUAAAUGCAAAGCAGUAUCACGGUAUCUUAAGACGUAGGCAAUCCCGUGCUAAAGCUGAAUCCGAAAAUAAGGCUAUCAGGAAUCGCAAGCCAUACCUGCAUGAAUCUCGACAUCAGCAUGCACUUCGACGAGCAAGAGGAUGUGGAGGUCGAUUUCUGAACUCAAAGAAAGAUGAGAAUCAACAGGAUGAGCUGUCACCUGCUGACAAAUCACACUCAAACGACAAUCACAAUCCUGACAAAAACAAUCUUGCACCAUCAGAUAGAGCAUCCUAACACUACAGGAGCAUUGACAGUGUGGACAACAACCGGCCAGUGUCUAUAUCGCGAGACCAGUCUCUGGGGAACAGCAGAGUCAGAUAUCUAGCUGUCGCUUCGACACUGCAAAUGCAAACCCCCAUAUGUAUAAUUAUAGGUAUAGGCUGUGUAGUAAUAGUAGUUAGGGAGGUUGAAAGAGGAAGCAAGUAAUUAAUGUAAAUUGAAGUGAUUAUUGUGGUCCCUUUUACCGGUAUAUUUAGUUUGGGGUAAAAAUGGAAUAAAACUUUUUAUGGAUGA